CACAAUACACUUAUAACCUUCCAAAUAUAAAUUAAUAAAAAAUGAACAAAUGGAUUGCCAUUUUACUCUUAUACGCAUGCAGAACUGGUUUCAGAUUCAAACAUCCGUAUAGCUAUGACGAAUUGAUGCAUUUUGAACCGAAAUAACUGUUCCAUAGUGUUACGAAGUGGAGGAACCUGAAGCAAAAUUUUCUUCCUCUUGCUGCAAUGUUAUACUAAUCUUGGUUUCGUUCAACUUUUCUGAUAAAACAGCAUCGAGUUGCUGAUGGACAGUAAUAAGUACAUUGGCUUGCUGAAAAGGUGCAUUGAAUUUAAAGAUGUAAAACUAGGGAAGCUAAUUCAUGCUCACCUUGUCAAGACUGUAUGCCAGUGAUUGCAGGGCUUGCCCAGCAUGGACAGUGUGAGGAGGCCCUCAAACUCUUUUACCAAAUGCAACAAAGAGGACCAAUGCCAAACCAGUUCACUUUCGGAAGCGCUCUCAAAGCGUGUUCAGGUGUGGCAGCUGCUGCUGAAGGGUACCAGAUUCAUGCCCAUGCUGUAAAAUUGGGAUUGGAAGGCGAGGUGUUUACUGCAAGUGCACUGGUUGACAUGUACGCCAAAUGUGGAAAUACUAAGGAUGCACGCAUUUUGUUUGACAGAAUGCCUGAAAGGGACGAGGUAUCAUGGAGUGGCAUGAUUGGUGCAUACGCCCAGAAUGGGCCGGCUGAAGAGGCUCUGGGGCUCAUUUGUCUGAUGAAAAGAGAAGGCAUGAGGAUGAAUCCCUUUGCUUUGUCUAGUGUUCUUCGAGCUUGUUCGGAUUUGGCAGCUCCGGAACAAGCUAAGCAGAUCCAUGUUCAAGCGAUUUAUGCAGGAUUAGAAUCAAAUGUUUUUGUGGGGAGUGCCCUUGUAGACAUGUAUGCCAAAUGUGGCAGCAUAGAGGAUUCAUGCUUGGUUUUUGAGGAUUUGCCUGAGCGUAAUUUGGUCUCAUGGAAUUCAAUAAUUGUGGCUUGUGCUAACCAUGGGCAUGUCAUGAAGGCGUUUGAAUUGUUUGAUCAAAUGCAAAAUGCAGGUGUAAAGCCAGAUUAUGUUACCUUUAUUGGCGUUCUCUCUGCAUGUGCACAUGUUGGUUUAGUUGAUAGAGGCUAUGAAUAUUUUAAUUCUAUGAAUCGAGAUCAUGGAAUCAUACCAAGAAUGGAUCACUAUACUUGCAUGGUUGGCCUACUUGGCCGGGCAGGGCGACUGAUGGAUGCAGAGCUUCUAAUCAAGGAAAUGCCAUUUUCUCCUGAUAUAGUUGUAUGGCGGGCCUUGCUUGGUGCAUGUGCCGUCCAUCACAACUCAGAGCUUGCAGCCCGAGUUGCAAAGCAUAUAUUUGAAAUGGAUCCAGAAGACCAUGUAUCAUACGUGAUACUGUCCAAUAUCUAUGCUGCAGUAGGCAAAUGGGAUGAAGUGGCAAAAGUGAGGAAACUGAUGAGAGAUAGUGGGGUUAGAAAGGAGGCAGGAUACAGCUGGAUUGAAGUGAAAAAGAAAGUACAUUACUUUAUGGUUGGCGACCCCGCGAACCCACAGAUGGAGGAAAUCUAUGCAGAGUUGGCAAAAUUGACAGAAGAAAUGAAGAAGGCAGGGUACAUGCCUGAUACAAACUAUGUGCUUCAUAAAGUUGAGAUGGAUAAAAAGGAACACUAUCUUACCUAUCACAGUGAAAAGCUAGCAAUUGCAUUUGGGCUCAUAAACACCUCUGCUGGUACUCCCCUUAAAAUAAUGAAAAACCUUCGUGUAUGUGGUGAUUGCCAUACUGCCAUCAAGUUUAUGUGCAAGAUUGUUGAGCGAGAAAUCGUUUUGAGGGACAGCAAUCGGUUCCAUCACUUUAAGGACGGGAUCUGUUCUUGUGGGGAUUAUUGGUGAUGCUACUGCUAGUGGAGAAGCAAUUACAGGGUCUUCCUGUUUUGGCAGGCAGUGAGCUAUUCUAAUACAUGUUCUGUGACCACGUCAUGAAGGCAUUAGAUGUGAACAUGCAUACAAGCAGCUCAUACUCUGAACAUUAUCGGAGUUCAAGGGCUGAAAUGGGACGAGAACAGUUUCUGAUUUGAUUGUAAGUCUACUGAAGAAAAUGAAUUUUCUGGACUAGUUGAGGUUCGCUGCCCAUAACAAAAGCAUACGAGUCAAGACCAUUUGAACUAGUUCAUAUGGUGGGUAUCAAUUAUCAGCCUGUCUCAUGUUGAGCUGUAUUCCUUAAACACAUUACGUUUAUUUAUUUUUGGCUUUAUUUGAAUUAUGAGAAGUUUUUUUUUUUU